UUUUCACCCUGAGGUUUCACCAAGAAAAUGCAGUUUUUAUAAUGGUACAAUUUGGAUUAUCAUUGAUAAGGAUUUAUGUGUUUUAUGUGUUGUAAUUCACAUAAUGGUGACACAUGUGAUUGUGAAAAUUCUGAAAAAUUAGAAUUUUCAUGAUAGGACAAAAUGUCAGCUCAAUCAUUUUCUUCUCUAUGGAUUGGUUCAUUGGAAAAAUUAGUAAUGUAGUUGUCACUUGAAAAGGAGACCUCACCUACUUGAUCUUUGUCACAUGCUGUAUGAUGAAUUUUGCAUACGCAACUCAACUUCAACCUCAUUUACCCUAAUGUACAAUUCCUCUUAUCAGUCCUCCUCAUGGCCUGUUAGAAGUUUACAACUGAAAUGGGUGCUUUGCAGGUUGUUCAACUAUGGUGUUGGGAUCCAUUUGCUUGAAUCAGAUAGAGUCUUAUCAAAGAAAGGUAAAAUAAAUCCAAAAGAUAACCACAUUUCCUUCCAAUGCUCAGACAUGGAUCUUGUUGUUAAAAAACUAGAGGAGAAGAACAUUGAGUAUGUGACAGCAGUUGUGGAAGAAGGUGGCAUUACAGUUGAUCAGCUCUUCUUCCAUGACCCAGAUGGCUACAUGGUUGAGAUCUGUAAUUGUCAAAAUCUCCCAGUUCUUCCCCUUUCUUCAUGCCCUUUCAAGCUACCUAAAGCCAAUGGAAGCCUUACAUCAUCACCAACAUAUUAUGGGAAGAGAAGCUGGGAGAUGGCUUGUUCCGGAGGUGUUGCGUCUCUGAUGAUGGAUAACUUGGUGGUGGACAUGAUGGACAUUUCGAUCUAAGGGAUUGGAAGGGUGACCAAUGCAAGUUUUGAUUCAGUACUCUGAAAAAAUUGUUUUGUAUACAUUUGUGUAAAGAAAUAAUGUGAGAAAAAUUGAAGUGGUGGGGUUAGCUUUUGGUUUUGUUUGUUAAGGAGUUUCUCAAGUUCCAUUGAAACAGUAUGCUUCUUAAAUUUGUUUGAUCUGUGUCUA